AUGGGCUUCCAUUCCUUCAUCAGAGAUGAGCGACUUAUUGUCGUCGGCCUUGGCUUGUCUACCAUAAGCUUCCUGUUUGCUAUGCGAACUAUUCUAGAAUAUUAUCGAGACGAAGCUGAGAUUAAACCGACGCCACCAAAGACACAAUACAUAACCCAAGACACUGAGGAUUCUCUUAAACUCUGCACCCUCGAAAGUCUCCUCGGUCAUUACAAUUUCGCAAUAAGGGACACAGCAAUAAAAAUCGCCACCGGACGUGCCUUUAACGACAGCUCUGUCAUUCACCAUCUUCUAUGGGGAAUCACCCGCGAGGACUACCACGAACGUAUGCAAGCAUUGAAAGCUUUGGCUUUUGCUAUCGAGGAUAAAGAAACGUCACAAGAACCGUUGAACGUAUUAAGCACCUCGAGAGCCUGCAGCGCUCUCGUUAGGUCGCUCCAACUAUGUCUUACAGACGUGGAACAUGAAAAGCUUGACGACCCCCUAUAUGACGAAUAUUUUCUUCGAGACAUCGGCGAACGACGCUGUCUGACAAUCAUUUACCACCUACUCCAGAAAAUUGAUGUCGAAAAAUUGAUCCAGGCUGGAAUUGUUGAGAAGUGGUUGGGCAGGCAACCAUGGGGAGACAGUGAUGAGGAAAGACAAAAUAAUUUCGCCAUGUAUCUGGACCGACGACAGAACCAAAUCAGUACACUUUGCUUCCACCUACAAACUUCCAGGGCAGGCCGAAAGGCCUUGAUCAAGGAGAAGUUAAUGCCUCCAAGGGAAGCGAAGCGUGAGUGCAAUAUCAAUGUUGUUGUACAGAUACGCAGGGGGGACGGAGAAGAAGCCGAUGAACUUGUUGCAACGUCCGUUGAACUUGUUCCUCGCGUGAGCGGCCAAACCGCCGAAGAGCAACGUCUACGCAGAAGACACCGAGAAGCCAUGGUGUUGAACGACGGAACUCAUUCACUCGGACGCAGUGAUAUCAUUGAGAGGGAGCAUGACUCUAACAGUUGA